AUGGAGAGCAGCAAUGGUAUCAAAACAAAUGGAAAGACUUCCUCAAGUCGUCCUCGAACUCCAACUCUUAAUUCCCUUUCUUUGACCGAAUAUACAACCAAUCCAUCCCCGCCAAGCGAAAAUCCAAAAUCAAAAGUCAGGAGCGUCGUACCACAAGAAUUCAUUCUACCAAAUGGAUAUCCUGAUUAUCUACGACUUAUCCUCACCUCUCGAGUCUACGAAGUUGUCACGGAGACCCCCCUCACCCCAGCGAUCAACCUCAGCAAUCGAUUAGAAUGCAACGUAUUACUAAAGCGAGAAGACCUCCAGCCUGUUUUCAGCUUCAAAUUGAGGGGUGCAUAUAAUAAGAUGGCACAUUUGGAUCCGAAGGUUAGCUGGAAAGGUGUCGUUGCUUGUUCGGCUGGAAAUCAUGCACAAGGUGUUGCAUAUUCGGCGCGCAAACUCAAGAUGCCUGCUACUAUUGUGAUGCCAGAAGGGACGCCUAGUAUUAAACAUCUCAACGUAUCGAGAUUGGGAGGAUCCGUGGUGUUACAUGGACAGGAUUUCGAUGCUGCAAAGGAGGAGUGUGGGAGAUUGGAGAAAUUGCAUGGGCUGACGAAUAUUCCACCGUUCGAUGAUCCUUAUGUUAUUGCAGGUCAGGGUACGAUUGGUAUGGAACUUCUCAGACAAACGAAUAUUCAAAAGUUGGAGGCUAUAUUCUGUUGUGUGGGAGGUGGGGGCUUGAUUGCGGGAAUUGGUGUUUAUGUUAAGCGCAUCGCUCCCCAUGUAAAGAUCAUUGGUGUGGAGACUUAUGAUGCAAAUGCCAUGGUACAAUCACUGGCAGCUGGAAAGAGAGUGGCAUUGAAGGAGGUGGGAUUAUUUGCAGAUGGUGCGGCAGUUAAGAACGUGGGAGAGGAAACAUUCAGAAUAUGUCAAGAGGUCAUUGAUGAUAUUAUUGAAGUCACCACGGACGAAACUUGCGCAGCUAUCAAAGACGUUUUCGAAGACACACGAUCCAUCGUCGAACCCGCUGGAGCUCUUGCUUUAGCAGGACUCAAGAAAUAUAUUGCAGCCAACCCAUCUCCCGACACGUCUCGCAAUCUCGUGGCUAUUGCGUCUGGAGCAAAUAUGAACUUUGAUCGUCUUCGGUUCGUGGCCGAACGUGCCGCACUCGGAGAACGCAAAGAAGCUCUUCUCAGCGUCAGCAUUCCAGAAACCCCUGGAGCCUUUUCCGAACUCAUCAAAGCUGUCAUGCCACAUGCUGUCACCGAGUUUUCCUAUCGAUAUGCCACAGAUUCCGUUGCCAAUGUGCUCAUUGGUAUUUCUCUAACCUCACCAGCCGCCCAAAGAGAUGAAGAACUUCAAUCCCUCCUUUUCCGUAUCUCAUCCAGCGGUAUGAAUCCCAUCGAUCUCUCUGGUGAUGAACUCGCCAAAACACACAUUCGCUACCUAGUUGGUGGUCGUUCCGGAGUACUAAACGAACGACUUUACAUGUUCAAUUUCCCAGAAAGACCUGGAGCGCUCGAGAAAUUUCUCACAACAUUGAGACCGAGAUAUAACAUUAGUCUUUUCCAAUACCGUAAUGCGGGAAGUGAUAUUGGAAAGGUUCUAACGGGUAUCGUGUGUCCUGAUGAUGAGGUUAAACAUUUGGAGAGUUUCUUGCAGGAAAUUGGAUAUCCUUGGACGGAUUGUACGGAGUCGGAGGUUUUCAAGACGUUUUUGAGAUCUUAG